GUAAGAGUUAAGUUAACAAGAAAAAAAAAACAAAAAUGUCUUCAAUGGCUGCAUUUGAUCAAAUCAAAAUUGGACUCAAAAUGGUCGAUUUUAAAGUACAACAACGUCGUAAUCGCACCAGCGAAAAGACUGUCGUGAGCACCACUUAUGGCCCUAUCAAGGGUGUGAAACGGAAGUCCAUCUAUGGGCAAUCCUACUUUAGUUUUGAAAAGAUUCCAUUUGCCAAGCCACCAAUUGGUGAAUUGCGCUAUAAGGCGCCACAGCCUCCAGAGGUUUGGACCGAGGUCAAGAGCUGCACAUCACAGGGUCCGAAACCAUUGCAAAAGCAUUUUGUAUUCGAGAUGACUGAUGGCUCUGAGGAUUGUCUAUACCUCAAUGUAUAUACUAAGAAUUUAUAUCCCACGAAACCUAUGCCUGUGAUGGUCUGGAUCUAUGGCGGUGGCUUCCAGUUUGGCGAAGCCACGAGGGAAUGCUAUAGCCCAGACUAUUUAUUGAGGGAAGAUGUGGUCGUUAUAUCAAUAAACUAUCGUUUAGGUCCAUUAGGUUUCCUUUGUCUCGAGGAUCCCGAAUUUGAUGUGCCCGGCAAUGCAGGUCUUAAAGAUCAGGUUCUUGCCUUGCGUUGGGUCAAGGCCAAUUGUUCGCGUUUUGGCGGUGAUUCAGGGAAUAUAACUUUGUUUGGUGACAGUGCUGGCAGCGCCUCAGUUCACUAUAUGAUGAUCACGGAGCAGACACGGGGUCUCUUUCACAAGGCCAUUUGUAUGUCCGGCAAUACACUCUCGCCAUGGGCUGUUACCCCCCAACGCAAUUGGCCUUAUCGUCUGGCUGUCCAGGCUGGCUACACGGGAGAGAACAACGAUCAGGAUGUCUGGGAAUUUUUACGUACUGCCAAGGGUGCCGAUAUCAUUAAGGCCAACAGUGACCUAUGCAUUGACGAGGAGAAGAAGGAACGCAUUGGCUUCUCAUUUGGUCCCGUGGUUGAACCAUAUUUGACUGAACAUUGUGUGGUUGAUAGAAAACCCAUUGACAUGAUGCGCACCGCCUGGAGUAACAGUAUUCCCAUGAUCAUUGGAGGUGUAUCUAAUGAAGGCCUCCUGCUAUAUUCUGAGACAAAAGCGAACCCGAAAUGUUUAAAUGAACUGAAUGAUUGUCGAUUUGUGGUGCCCAUUGAAUUGAACAUGGAUCGUGAUAGUGCACUCUGUAUAGAGUAUGGUGAGCAGUUGAAACAAACCUAUUAUGGCGAUAAGACGCCCAGUCUGGAUACUCUACACGAAUAUCUGCAGAUGGUCUCGCAUGAAUAUUUCUGGUUUCCCAUAUAUCGGACGGUUUUGUCACGACUUGAGCAUGCCAGCAAUGUACCCACCUAUCUGUAUCGUUUCGAUUUCGAUUCGAAGCAUUUCAAUCACCUGCGCAUUCUCAGUUGUGGCAAGAAGGUACGAGGUACAUGUCACGCCGAUGACCUCUCAUAUUUGUUCUACAAUUCGUUGGCAAGAAAACUGAAAGAUCACACAAGGGAAUACAAAUGCAUUGAGAAGUUGGUGGGAUUGUGGACACAUUUUGCUACCUAUGGCAAUCCCAAUUUCGAUCCAGAACAAUCGGAAUUGUGGCAACCAGUGUCGGCUGCAGCCGUUGAGAAACGUCAGCUUAAGUGCCUUAAUAUAUCAGAUGAUCUUAAGAAUAUCGAUGUGCCUGAUUUGCAAAAGCUGAUGGUCUGGGAGAGUUUCUUCAAGCGUGAUGAAUUAAUUUGAGGAAUGUCAAAGUGAAACGUUUUGUUAACCCACCUUGGCUAGUUAUACGACUCGUCUAAAGCUUUAUUUCUCUGGCCUGAAAGAAAGAACCUAUGCUAAAGCGUAGCUUUAACAAAUUAGAUGCUAUAUAUAUAGAAAUUGUUAGGAAUAUAUAUAUAUAUAUCUAUAUAUCUAUAUGUAUUGUGUAUAUGUCUACGCGUUUGUUAAGUUUGCCGAAUUCGAAAUUCUAUUGUAAGUGUGUUACAUUUUUCUUCCUAAUAAGUCUAGAUAACAGGAAUAUAUAUAUAUACAUUUAACGAUUAAGCUAAAAGGAAACAAGUCGCAACAAAUGUACCUAAAAUGAAAAUGGAAAAUGUUUAAGAAAGACAAGAAAACCAACUGCAGGGUAUAAACUCACAAAAGUUCCACUUAGCUUUGACUACUCAGGGUCAAACUGAACAGCCCAUUUUAAGAAGCUCUUCGAGAGGAAGGGCUCGAGUUAAAUGCUUGAACUUGAUUUAAAUUGUAAUUAAUUGUGAAUCCAAGCCUGUUUAUAUUUGCAUAAAAUUCUGAAUGUUCCUUUAAGUACACCGCAACUAAAACUAUGUGUAUUAGUAUGUAUAUCAAGCAUAUUUAAUAUGAGUAUAUAACUUUAUCUCUAGUUUAUGUUUAAGUCCCUUUAAACACUAUUUUUGUUGCUUCCAUUCAAAUGGCUGCGCACAGUUUAUGAUCACUCCUAAAAUGUAAUAGAUAUACAUAGUAGGUAUUUGUUUAAUGUAAUGU